UCACAGUUUAUUUUGCAGGAGGUGGAUAUUACCCUUCCAGAGAACUUAGCAUGGUAUGAUAAAUAUAAAUAUGACAUACCUGUUUUUCAUUUAAAUGGGAAGUUCCUAAUGAAGCAUCAAGUAGACAUUGAAAAGUUUGAGGACCAGCUUAUGAAGCUGGAGUUGCAAAAUGAUGGAAACCAGUGAAGAAAAUGCAGUCGCUCUGUUGUGGGUCUUGAAGGGAUGAUGCAACAUAAAUUGUGUGAAAAAGUAGUAUUCAUUAUCUGGCCUUACAUUUCUUUAGAACACAU